AUGGCACGCCAUAGUAAAGGUCGCAUGACCCCAAAGAAGCUGGCCUCUUUUGUGUUGCUAAUAUUAAUGAUCAUCUGUGCCAUUGUUAUGAUUUACUACGGGUUGAUCGUGGUCAAGCCUUACACCUUCACUGCAGAUUGGAUCUUGUCUCAGUGUAGUCCCGUGACGGUCUCAUUCAACGGUAGACUGGACUGUAUUUGCACCAUGGGUACUGACAGUGGUUCCGGAACCUGCGUGUCGGAGUACCCGUGCGCAGAGAUCACAGUUCGCUAUCGCACUGACGGCAGUCAGAUAGACCAAAAGGCCAAGAUGCUCAAGUCUUUCUCGGCUAAUCACAGGAAUGUGCAGUGUGUUCUCAAGGCCUGUGAAGAAGAUCCUCUCCAGAAUAACAAAACGAUCUAUGAAUUCGUGCAGAAGUACGGCAACACGGCCUCCAAGGCCUCCUAUCCUUGCUUCUACAAUCCCGACAACCUCAACGAAGUCAUCCUCGAGAAAACGCCACGAAGUGACGUCAUCGUGGUCAUGCUUUGGCCGUCGCUAGGGUUCCUCGUGUGUCUUGUUGCCAUGGUGAUAAUACAGUGUGCAUUGACGGAUCAACAAGUCGGAGACCAGACUCUCGCCAGUUAG